AUGGGUCGGCCAAAGCGUGAUAUCCGGGCAGCUGCCGAGGAAUCCACAACACCUCCCGACCAACUCACACAAGCUCAAUCGCUUGCUAGAGUGAUCAAGGCUGAGGGCAAUAGCCUCUACGCGUGUUUUCUACCCAGCAAACGCACCGUGCUCGUCGAGCUCGCUGCCCGUUUCCGCAACACCAUUUGGAUCAAACGCGGAGGAUAUGUCCUAGUGGAGCUGACACCUCCCGAAGACCAAAAGGGUAAAGUCGAGGGUGAGAUUGUGAAUGUUGUCCGGGACGAGAAGGAAUGGCGAAAACAGAGUUAUUGGCCAAAAGAAUUCCCUCGAUCCAAUCACGAGGACGAGGAUGAUGAGGAAUCAACAGUAGGCAGGAUGCCGCCGUCAGAUUCGGAGGACGAAGAUUGA